CAAUAACAAGAUAUAUAUUGUAACAUAGGAGAAGCAAAUUUUAAGCCUGCUGCAUGUCUUGUGCAUAUCUGUCGUGAAUAUUUUCGAUCGAUUCUGGCAAACAUAUCCGAAAUAAGCUUUAAUAUGUGAACUCCUUUUAUCAGCGUCACAUGGUACUGUGGGUAGUUGUUCGGCCAAAACGUGCGGAGGAGGAAAUGUCAAAAUGAAGUGGUGUCGGUGUAUUCGGUGAUCGGGGAAAGGAGUGUUUUAUUUGUUUAUUCGGGAUUAUCAUUUGAUCAUAUCAAACACCUAUCUCCUGACAGUCAUAAUGUCGACCCCGGACCCCGAGACAAGACAAAGUCUGCUUCGUGCAGUCAAAAAAGAGGUGAAGCAGAUCAUGGAAGAAGCAGUCACACGAAAGUUUGUGCAUGAAGAGAGCAGCAGUAUUACCUCCCUUUGUGGUGCUGUGGAGGCCUGUUUGUUGCACGGCCUCAAGAAGCGGGCCCUCGGGCUGUUCAAGCACAGCACAACCACAGCACUCCUGCAGAAGAUCGCCAAAAACUGUGAUUCAGCUUUCACUGUCACAAAACAGCUGGCUGAAAUCGAGACCCAGAGUGACUCCUCAUCAAAGAAAUCCCUGGACAAUAACAAGAAUCAAACAAGACGGACACUCCAGUCGUUCAACCCCAAGUAUCUGUGGCUUAGAAUUGCUAUCUUUGAGAAACAGCUGGCCAAGAUUCUUGACUUCCUGGUACAAAAUCACAGUCGCUACUAUGAAGGGGACGCUCUCAUUGCGGACCCAGUCGACGGACCAAUCUUUGCGUCCCUACUUGUUGGUCCGUGUGCACUGGACUACACCAAGAUGAAGACGUCUGACCACUUCUGGACGGACCCCCCAGCAGAUGAGCUGGUACAGCGUCACCGUAUACACUCCAGCGGCAACCACGCAUUUACCACCCCCGGGUCUCCCAAGCGACCGGGGCUGCAGCUGCGGCGGAACCCCAGCUCCAGCAGUGAGGAUAGCCCCAAGGCGUUCCACAUGUCUGCCCGGGAAUACGUGGAAUCGCUGCACCAAAACUCCAAGACAACACUUCUGUAUGGCAAGAACAAUGUGCAGGUGCAACCGAAGGAGGACAUCGGCCACCUAGCGGGCUACCUGUCUCUCCACCAGAGUGGCGAGGGACUCAUGAUAAUGUGGACUCCUAACCAGCUCAUGAAUGGAUGCUGUGAUGAAGUUGGAGAAGAGACAGACCGCAGCAUGUACUGGGAGUUUGCCAUGACCAUCUUCGUUGACGAGAUUGUCUACAUCCACUGCCACCAACAACCCGACUGUGGAGGUACGAUUGUCCUGGUGGGGCAAGACGGGGUGCAGCGCCCUCCAAUCCACUUCCCCAAGGGGGGGCACCUGCUGGCCUUCCUGUCCUGCCUGGAGACCGGGCUUCUCCCCCAUGGGCAGCUGGACCCCCCUCUCUGGUCUCAGAGGGGGAAAGGCAAAGUGUUCCCCAAAUUGAAGCGUAAGGGCAGUCGCCUGUCGAGCGGCAGCAGUCACGGCAGCCAAGGCAGCACCAGCAGCUCCAGCGCAGAUGAGGACGAGGCAACUGACUACGUCUUCAGGAUCAUUGCUUCCUUCAAGCCUGAUCUGAUCACUGCUGAAAUGAUGGACCCGAAAGCCAAACCCACAGGUGAACGUUCCCCGUGGCCGGUGCGUCGCCACCUUCCCCCCAGCCCACUAGCACAGUCCUCCGUGCAGUCGUACGCCCGAGCCCAGGAAGUGCAGAACAACACGUGUCUGACCCAGUCCCAGGCCAAUCACAGGUACCUAAACUGGGAAACAAGGGCCCACAUCAAGCAGCUAUGUGACACGAUGAGGAAACAGAUCAUAUCACGAGCAUUUUACGGAUGGCUGGCCCAUUGCCGCCACCUAAAGACGGUGCGCACCCACUUGUCGGGACUCGUACACAACACCAUCGUGGCAGCAGACGACCCGUGUGAUGCCAGCCAGGGACUCACGCCAGAGAAAUGGGAGGAGCUGAACGUCGAUGGAGUGGUGCAGAAUGCAGGAGAGAUCUACAGACUCGUGUAUUAUGGCGGCAUAUCGCAGGAACUGAGGAAAGAUGUGUGGCCCUACCUGUUGGGGCACUACAAGUUUGACAGCAAGCUGGAGGAGCGAGAAGCCAGAGACGCUCAUGUGAGGAAUGAAUAUGAGCGAGUCAUGUCCGAGUGGCUGGCAGUAGAGGCCAUUGUCCGGCAGAGGGACAAGGAAAUAAUGGCAGCCAACCUCGCCAAGCUCUCUCAGGAGAGCACCGACGGACAUAUUCCACUUGUGAGAAAAGACUCGAGUUUGAGUAACGAGGUGUUCGAGUCAUUUGACUCUGAGGAAUAUUCCCACCCCGACACUGUUAUGGAGGAGAGUUCUACAGCAUUGACCACACCAACCCCCCGAACGUAAGCCAAGUAUAGAACUAACAAGAGUGACACUAUUGUGCAGACUGACUCGCCAGCCCACCAUCGCAGGAUUAGCUCCCUUGCAGACAGCCCUGACGAUGGUUUGGGCGACUCUAUAGCACGAGGAGGUUCUCUCACCGAUAGGUCCAAGUACGAUUCUGUGGAUUCCGAGGCGACAGACAUUUCCAAACCUGAUCGUGAGGGGAGUGUGGAGAGGAGUGUGGUUGUGACCAAGCUGUCGGUGGACAGCGCUGUGAUUGAGGAGGAGACUAAUGAUGGGGAAUACUCUCAUUGUCAUCUCAGGGACAAGUUAACCUCCAUCGGGACGGACGAGCGUUUGACGGAUGCAUUGACUGUAGAGGGCGCCGGUAUGACUUCGGCGUUUGAGCAUGAAACCCUUGAGAGCAGUCGGCACCUGUCUGCAUCCAAGGAGUCCCUCAUAUCCCCAGCCUCUCCUGCCUCAAAUGGUGGCAUCUACUGUCCGGAGCUGCUGGAUACCGUGGCUCUCAACCUGCACCGCAUCGACAAGGACGUCCAGAGAUGUGACCGCAACUACUGGUACUUCACCCACGAGAACCUGGAGAAGCUGAGAAACAUCAUGUGCACGUAUGUGUGGCAGCACCUGGAGGUGGGCUACGUGCAGGGCAUGUGUGACCUGGUGGCGCCGCUUCUUGUCAUCCUGGAUGACGAGGCAUUAACGUACAGCUGCUUCUGUGAGUUGAUGAAGAGGAUGUCCUCCAAUUUCCCCCAUGGAGGUGCGAUGGACACACACUUCGCCAACAUGCGCUCCCUCAUACAGAUCCUGGACUCUGAGCUGUUUGAGCAUAUGCACCAACACGGAGACUACACACACUUCUACUUCUGCUACCGAUGGUUCCUCCUCGACUUCAAGAGAGAGCUGGUGUACGAGGACGUGUUUUCGGUGUGGGAGAUCAUCUGGGCAGCCAAACACAUCAGCUCCACCCACUUUGUGUUGUUCAUCGCGCUGGCACUUGUCCAGUACUACAGAGACAUCAUCUUGGACAACAACAUGGACUUCACCGACAUCAUCAAGUUCUUCAAUGAAAUGGCAGAGAGACAUAAUGCUAAGCAGGUGUUGAAGAUAUCCCGGGAGUUGGUACUGCGUCUACAGACUCUGAUAGAAAACAAGUAGAUCUACGUCUGUGGGCCCUCAGCUCCUUGCCAGACUACACUGCCCCAAAUGGAGACCCACCAACUGUGCAUACACACAUCCAUUCUUGUUGUAGCAACACGAUCAAAUGUAGAAGUGAUCACUCUGACUGUGUUGAAAUUGUUAACCUUAAAAGUAUGUAUAUUGUCAAAUAGACUGACCGAGCUGUUGGAGAGAUGUCAUCACUUCCAUACAGGCGUGAGUUGUUCUGGUUUGGACAGCCGUGGCUCCAGGUGGAAUCAGCUUCCCAGAUGAUGGGAUUGGUUCAGCUCUACCUCAGAUGUUAAACAGGAAUGUGUUGAACUCGGUAACUGCUAUCUGUUGAUGGCUUGACAUGUCUGGAGCAGCUGAGGAGGUUCUAUUGCACCAGUUAGGGUUGUGGACUUGUCAGUCAUCAACCAAUGGCUUCUGACGGAAUCAAAAGGGUUCGACCAGUAAUGUGUGAGGUGAUACCAUGAUACAAUCUUCAGGAUUUCUGUAGUACGAGAAUGAACCGAUUAUAUCCAUGUAAGAGCUAAAGUUUUAAUCGUAUUCAUUGAUUCAUUGACAAGUUAGGAUGUGCUGGCGUGUAGAAAAAGUGAGAAUGUGCUGACGUGUCAGACAAGAGAGGAUGUGCUGACGUGUCGGACAAGAGAGGAUGUGCUGACGUGUCGGACAAGAGAGGAUGUGCUGACGUGUCGGACAAGAGAGGAUGUGCUGACGUGUCGGACAAGAGAGGAUGUGCUGACAUGUCGGACAAGGACCUGGAGUAACCAUGUAAGAUUAUGUGUGGCAGGACUUAGCGAUAUCAAUCUUAUCACAUAGAAAAGUCUUUUGACCAUAAGUGGAAAUAAUUCAAACAUACAGUGACAUUCCAAUCCACUCCUUCGCUAAUGGUCCUUCAGCAUUGACUGGAAUACCUGUGUAGGGAUCUCUGAAGGAUUCUGUAAUCCCCCAAGGAGCUAUUCAGGACAUGACCAUAGCAUAGGCUUUAUCCUCCUCCCACUGCAAGUUUACUGUUAGUAUCAUAGUGCAUCUUUUUCUACAUUGAAUCAUAAUCAGGUGAUACUUUCAUGCAUGUCCAAACGGGGAGAUGCUUGACUGCAUGACUUGACCAGGUGAUGCGUUUAUGCAUGUCCAGGCUAGAGGUGCCUGAUUGCACUACCCUGGUUCUUGAAUUCAUGUCCGAGCAGGGCAAUACGAGGAAGGUGAAUCUCUUGGGGAAGUUGACUUGGCAGUGUGACCCAGGUUUAGUCUCAGAGGAGAUUUAAGCAUCUGCACUAAACAGCCAGCAAGUGUAUAAGUUCGACUUGUCAUAUAGAAGUGUGUACUUGUAUGUUAGAGACGUCACUGUUUAAACUAAUCAUUUCUUGUUGGUAGGACUAGCAGAGUAAGAAUUUGUGAUAGUGAGUAGAUUAUUCCUGUGUCUUAAUGCAAAUCAAUUAUGCUAAAUCAAUUUUAUGUGAUGAUUUAGAAAGAGCAACGAGAGGUGUGAACAUUUCUGACAAUGGCAAUAACGUGUACUUUGAUUGCCUGAAGCUCUCCUCCACCAAGUUCCCUGCAGUGUACAGGGCGGUUGUUGGCAGGGGCUGUGUGAUAGUUGUGUAGUGUUGUGUAAUUUGUUCCUUUACUUGUCAGAUUGGUAGACAUGUGCCAAAAUAUAAUUGGAUAUUACCCACCCACCCCCAGUGUUCAAAUGGACUCUACCAAUCUAUUUACCUUAAUGUGCAGGGGAAUCUUGCAAAGAGAUUAUUUCAUUAUCAUCAAAUAUUGCACCAUAUAUGUACACAUGAAGAAAAUAUAAUCGAUUUUUUUAUUG